AUGGGCUCAGCCCUGCCCGAGGAGGAAAAGGUACAAGCGUCACGCAGAGAGAUGGAGAGCUACUACAGCCUUCUGCAGGCUGGGUCCCAGCUGGAGAGCACACUGCAGCAGGUGACGGUCCCUAUCAGUGUGAAGGAGGUGGGCGGCUACAUUGAGAAGCAGGUGGCCUACCUGUCAGGAGGCCGGGGAGAGGAAUCCAGCGUGAUCAUCACUCUCCCAGAAUGCUCUGCUUUCACUGACAUUCCAGAGGAGGCUUUAGCCAAAGUCCUGACAUACCUCACUUUGAUUCCACGAACGCGGCAGCCAGGUGUGAAGUUCAUCAUCAUUCUAGACCGGAGACUGGACACCUGGGCCUCCAUUAAAACAGCGCUGGCGAGGAUUGCGGCAUCCUUCCCAGGAACCCUCCACCUGGUGCUGGUGCUCCGGCCAACCAGCUUCUUCCAGCGCACCGUCACGGACAUCGGCUUCCGCUUCAGCCAGGAGGACUUCAUGCUGAAGAUGCCAGUGGUGAUGCUUAGCUCUGUUACAGACCUGCUGCGCUACAUCGAUGAGAACCAGCUAACGUCAGAGUUUGGCGGCACGCUGGAGUACUGCCACAGCGACUGGAUCUUCCUGCGAACGGCCAUUGAGAGUUUUGCAGUGACGGUAAAAGAGAUUGCUCAGAUGCUGCAGGCGUUUGGGACCGAGCUGGCUGAAACCGAGCUUCCUGAUGAGGGGAAAGCCAUUGAGUACCUCCUCAUGUCCCACACGGACAAGUACAGAAGACUGAAGGAUGACAUCAGGUCAGUGAUGAGAGAUGGGCGUCACCUGCUCUCCAACCUAGGGGCUUCUGGGAUAGAGGAGGAUUCUGAUCAGCAGUGGGAUAUGACCCAGGACUGGGAGACAGUACAGAGGCUGCUGGGUCAGCUGCGUGACAUGGAGAUGGCCUUCGAUGGCUUCUUUGAGAAACAUCACCUGAAGAUGCAGCAAUACCUGCAGCUGCUGAAAUAUGAACACAAUUUCCAAGAGAUGAAGGCCUCCCUGGACAAGCUGUCUGCGCAGGAGCGGGAGACCGCCGCUGCGGGAGACACGGUGGCUCAGACAGAGCAGCUGAUCAAAGAGCUGGACGAUCUGGAUGCCCGAGCACAGGAGGAAAUGGGCCGAGCUCAGAUCAUCAUCCUGCACGGGCACCAGCUGGCUGCCAACCACCACUACGCCCUGGCACUGAUCGUGCAGCGCUGUAACGAGCUCAGACACCACUGCGACAUGCUGACCGCCACGCUGAGGGCCAAACGCACUGCGCUGACCCACGCCAGGGACCUGCUGCUCCGCCUGGAACAGACCCUCCGAUGGUGUGAUGAGGGAGCCUACCUCUUAGCCAAUCAGAUGGUGGAUAAGUUCCAGUCCAGGGAGGGGGCGCAGGCUGCGCUGCGUGAGAUUGAGCGUUUCCAGGAGGGGGCGCCCCCUCCCCUGAGCGCAGGCCCUGAUGUUCUCAGCAUGGAGUUUGAGUCUAUUCUCACCCCUCAGCUCCAGGCUCAGAUCGAGUCAGUCCACGACAAGCUCCAGGCCGUCCAGGGGAUGAUCCAGAACCGGCAGGCCUGUCUGCGGAAACUGGCUGACAAGCAGGUUCGGCCCAUCCAGCUGGUGGCGCCCCGACCCGAGAACCCGCCUCGCGCCAAGUCUCCCCUCUUCUCCCCCAAACACGAAUUCAAUUCCGGGUUGAAGUUCUCCUUCGACAUCUCUCUCCCGGGCAAGAGGGCGUCUCGGAAAAGCCCCAGCUCUAGGAAGAUAGAGGUGAUGCAUGACUACGAGGAGAAUCGCAGCUCUCUGUCUUUCAGCCUGGAGGGGGAAGACAGUCCAGACCUCCUCAAGCGUCAUGUGAUGAGGGAGCUGAUCGAGACAGAGAGAAUCUAUGUGGAUGAGCUGCUGUCCGUGUUGCUGGGCUACAGGGCAGAGAUGGAUAACCCCGCCCUCUCAGGACUCCUCCCUCCCAUUCUGCGCAGCAAGAAGGAUAUCUUGUUUGGGAACAUGCCCGAGAUAUACAACUUCCACAGCAGACUCUUCCUGCAGGACCUGGAGGGAUGUCUGGACACUCCAGAGGGAGUGGGGGCAUGCUUCCUGGAGAGGAAAGAGAAUUUCCAGGUGUAUGAGCGGUACUGUCAGAACAAGCCCCAGUCUGAGUUGCUAUGGAGACAGUAUUCCGACUGUGCCUUCUUCCAGGAGUGUCAGAGAAAGCUGGAGCACAAACUGGGCUUGGACUCCUACUUACUGAAACCUAUCCAACGCCUCACCAAGUAUCAACUUCUACUGAAGGAGUUGCUCAAGUACAGUGCAGGUUGUGAGGGAGCCUCCGAGCUGCAGGGGGCGCUAACAGCCAUGCUGGACCUUCUCAAAUCUGUCAAUGACUCCAUGCAUCAGAUUGCUAUCACAGGCUAUGAGGGGGCGCUGAGUGACCUGGGCCGGGUGCUGAUGCAGGGCUCCUUCAGCGUGUGGAUCAGCCAUAAGAAAGGCUCCACGCGGAUGAAGGAGCUGGCGCGCUUCAAGCCCAUGCAGAGGCACCUCUUCCUGCACGAGCGGGCGCUGCUCUUCUGCAAGCGCAGGGAGGAGCACGGAGACGGCUGCGACAAGACCGCCUCCUACAGCUUCAAACACUUCCUCAAGAUGAGUGCAGUGGGCAUCACAGAAAAUGUCAAGGGAGACGUCAAGAAGUUUGAGAUCUGGUACAGCGGCAGAGAGGAGGUGUACGUGGUGCAGGCGCCAUCCGUGGAGGUGAAGCUCGCCUGGCUCAACGAGAUCCGAAAAAUCCUCACCAACCAGCAGAAGCUUCUCCGAGAAGAGUCCUAUCACCACAGCCCAGCGUCAGACCAGAUCCAGCUGUCCCCACCCCUGUCUGACAGUAAGCUGCAGAGGGCGUCUGUCAGCUCCGAGGAGACCGAGUCGGGUCACACCAGUCCGGUCUUUCUGGACCCGGUCGUCUUCUCCCCUCAGCAUCAGCAGAACCGCCGCAGCUGGCCCGGCGCCUCUCACUCAGUGGAUAUCUGUGAAGGUUUGGAGGUCUGGAGGGGACCCAGUGACCUCUCAACCCUGUCAGACACUGAGGAGGAGGAUGCUGCGCUGCUGGUCCCAGGCAAGUACAGGGCCUUGGCUGACUGUGAAAGGCCUGAUGACCUCAUCAUAAAAUGUGGUGACAUCAUCCAGUUGCUGCAAGAAGACAAUAAAGGGCAGUGGCUGGUGAAGAAUCUCAGUCGAAGGCAGGAGGGCCGGAUCCCGGUGGGUAAUCUCCAGGUGAUUCUGGGAGACAGCAGCAGGGGGCACCCAAACAGGCUCGGAGGCACAGCGAACAUAAAAGCGCGGAAGCUCAGCACUCCCUGA